AGUCCCUUCAACUUCCAGACUCAGUUCAUCUCCACGUCGCCUGUGAAGUCGAACAUAGGGCAGCGUCGUGGUCACAAGUACAAGCACUCCUCGAUAAGUUCGCAGCACCAGAUCAUCAAGGAACCGCCCCGUCGACCACCUCCAGUUCUCCCCGCCUCCCUCCCCGUGCCGACCCUCAAGGAGGCAUGGGCCUCGAUGCAUAAAGAACAGCGUGCCCGUUUUUACUGGUGUAUCUGUCAUGGCCUAGUCGCGGCAUACGUCUUCUUCACAGCAGGCGGCUCGCUGGCCAUGACAGCGCUGUCGCACCUCGUCUUCUUCGACGUCGGCUCGGCCGCGAUUUGCAUGGGCGUCGACGUGUUGGGGAACUUUGAGGUCUGGCGGAGGAGCAGCAUACGGCAUCCCUUCGGGCUGCAGAGAGUCGAGGUCCUCGCAGGCUUCGCGCUGAGCGUCUUCCUCGUCUUUGGCGGCUUCGACCUCCUCUCGCACAACUUCAAGCACGUCCUCGAGGGGGUCGGCUCGCACGCGCCCCACCACCCGCACGCCCACAGCCAUGGUCACGGUGCAGACCGCGCAGUCAGCGCCGGUGAGGUCGACACCGCCUCCCUCGCCGCCGCGCUGAGCACCAUGGUCUCAGCGUACGGCCUCAAGAACCACGCCCGUAUCAGCCGCGUCAUGCGGCCCUCCUACCUCGCCAGCUUCCUGCCCGACAUCCUCGCCAACCCCUUCCACUCCCUCACCCUCUUCUUCAGCUUCCUCAUGCUCCUCCUCCCCCUGCUCUCCAUCACCUCCUUCGUCUGGCUCGACCGCCUGAUCUGCAUCGCUAUCGCCUUGUCCAUGUUCGUCCUCGGCUCGCGCCUCGCCAUCGCCCAGGGCCUGAUGCUCCUCAUGUCCUACAAGGGCCGAUCCGACGGUGGCACCGACACCUCCGGCCCUGCGGACAAGAGCGCUAGCGCCGAUACCGACGGCGUGGUCCGCGAGAUCGAGAGCGAGCCCACCGUGUCGCGCGUCGACGAGGCGCAGUUCUGGCAGGUCCACUACGGCCUCUGCAUGGCCGCUGUCAAGCUGUGCGUUAUCCGCGGCUGCGACGACACCGCCCUGAGCCAGCUGAGGCAGCGGAUAGGGCGCAUCGUGCAGAACCGCCUCGGCAAGGGCUACGGCAAGGGCGGGGCGUUGAAGUGGGAGGUCACGUUACAGAUGAGCACGGAU